AAAACCAGAUGUUCCACAACAAACUCAUCCAAAACCUUCAAUACCUUCAAAACAAUCAAAUGGCAUCAGACAGUGAUUCAACUGUUAUAGUUGUGGUAUUUGUGUCACUAGGGGGCUUUUGCUUCCUGGCGUUCGUCUUGUUUGCCUUGUGUUGCUUUAUCAAGUACCGGAAGAAGGCAUCUCAAGAAGCUGACAAUGUACGUGUAGAUGAACAUAUGAAGAUUAAGGAAGACAUCGUACAAGGACCUCGGGGAACAGAAGUUGUGAUGCUAACAAUUGAGGAUGAUGUUCAUAUCGAAGAAGAGAUCAGGAAAAAUGAAAAUUUUGGUGCAGGAAUGCAUGCAAAAUCUGCAGAUCAAAUUGUUGCAGAAACAUCUUCUCGUUCAGGCGAUCAACAGGCAGAGCACAAGGUUUAACUCUACGUGAAACACUGAAACAGACACUGUGGUAAAUAUUAUAUUUUACGCAAUUACUCCUUGUACUCAUAAAAUUCGUUGUACAAUGUAAAUGUUUGUGCAGCUGUGAAAUCAAUAAACGGUAUAGAUAAAAUAAGCGUUAAACAAA